GGAGGUGGUGGAGGUGGCGGUGGAGGUGGUGGAGGUGGAGGAGGCGAUGACAAUGGUGGUGGAGGUGGCGGUGGAGGUGGUGGAGGUGGUGGUGGCGGAGGAGGAGGCGGUGGAGGUGGUGGAGGAGGAGGAGGUGGUGGAGGUGGAGGAGGCGGAGGUGGUGGUGGUGGUGGCGACAAUGAUGAUGGUGGUGGAGGUGGAGAUGGAGGUGGUGGUGGCGGUGGAGAUAGUGGAGAUGGAGACAAUGGCGGUGGAGACAAUGGCGGUGGAGACAAUGGCGUUGGAGACAAUGAAGGCGGUGAUACUGACGGGGGAGAUAAUGGAGGUGGCGACAGUGUCGAAGGAGAUAAUGGAGAUGGCGAUAAUGACGGGGGAGAUAAUGGAGGUGGAGACAACGGCGAUGGAGACAACGGAGGUUGCGAUAAUGGCGGUGGAGAUCAUGGAGAUGGAGACAACGGUGGUGGAGAUAAUGGUGGUGGAGAUAAUGGUGGUGGAGAUAAUGAAGGUGGCGAAAAUGGCGGUGGAGAUAAUGGUGGCGGAGAUAAUGGUGGUGGCGAUAAUGGUGGUGGUGGUGGUAACUGGCUACCGAAUGGCUGCCCAGCUGAAUUUGACGUCCAUUGGCUCGUACCGCAUGAAAGUGACUGCAACAGAUUCUACUACUGCGUUUUUGGACAAUUGGUAGAACGCAACUGCCCCGGUGGACUGGAGUUCAACCGCGAUUUACAGGUAUGUAAUUUAACAUAA